AAAGCCAAGAGAAUCCCCUCGGCGCAGUUAAAGCUGAAACACCGCGGUUCUCGUCGCCCCUCUGACAACUCCACCGACUGCAACAAAGACUCCUCAAAACCCCGAGUGCAAGUGUGACGCGAGCAUCCCAAGCCCCGCCAUUCCGUCCCCCAGCAGUUAUUCCGCGAGUGAAACGCCUGCGUUCAGUGAUGUGUGUGUUCAGUCUCGCGACUUGAACCUCCCAUAUACCAAAUAAGAAUCCCCUUGUCAAGUGGGACAGAUUUUUCACGAGAUUAUACUCAUCUCUGACGUAAACUCUGAUUAUUUAAUCACCCAAUAACAGUGUAGUUGAUAACGAGUGAUAAAAAAAACGUUUGUCAAGUGGGAUAACGACAGUUCGGGCAUUUUGAAAUCAAUCGAGGAAUUCCAACGACGUGAGACGAGGAGACACCAGUGCUGCCCCUACCCAGUGAACGACAUUGUAACAACACUACAAACGGAGAAUUCGUACGUAUGACGACAAGAAUGAAGAGGCAGGCUGAUUCUGUUCUGCUACUAGGUUUUCUAUAUUUAGCAAGCACCCUCGCCACGGUCCAGGCUGUUCAUCACAAGGGACUAGAUGAGCCCAUCCUCGAGGGACAACCAUGGAGAAUAACAUGUCACGAUCCGCCUGGAAAUAGGGUUGAAUGGAGGAAAAAUGACCAAGAAAUACCGCAACUCAAGACUGGUGAGAUUGCUGUUGAUCCACUUAAGAAUGGAACAUCAGCAAUAUACAGUAACUCAGCUAAGGAAGAGCACAUGGGGACAUACCAGUGUGCUCAGGGUGGCAACGCCGUCACCUUGCAGAUUAAAAGCGCAAUAAAAUAUCGAGUUCUGACAAAAGACAGUUUACCGUUGAAUUUGGAUUGUGAAAAUCGCACGGGUAAUGAAAAAGUUUUGUGGUUCUACGAGGAUAAACCAAUAAUUGAGCAAUUGAGGAAAACAAGCGAGCCGUCGGUUAUGGUUAAUGAACACAAUGAUACACUCAGCAUCACUUCAAUUGUAAACGCCACGGGAACAUAUGUUUGCAAUGUCCUUGGAUAUGCUAAUUCCAGCACAACUUUCAAAGUAGUUGAGAAACCAUUCCCACCGUUUCUCUUGCCAUCAACGACAGUGGUAGAGGGUGAAAAGUUGACAGUGACUUGCGCCAAUGAGCACCAUGGCCCAGGCCUCAAAGUCUUAUGGUGGUUUGCUAACAAUACUUACACAACGGACACUGGACGAGUGAAAUUGUUGCCAAAUGGAAAGGUUAACGGUGGUACACUGUCUGUCGAAAACAUUGAGAUGAAAGAUCGUGGCGAGAUAAAGUGUUUCAUAGGAUACGAUUGGAAUCAACUCCAAGAUCCCCAUGUUUCCGUCAAUGCGACAACAUUGCUAAGAGUUAAAGAUAGACUUGCAGCACUCUGGCCAUUCCUCGGUAUCUGCGCCGAGGUCGUUGUCCUCUGUGCAAUCAUUCUCAUCUACGAGAAAAAACGUAAUAAAUCAGAGUUGGAGGAAUCAGAUACUGACCAAAGCCCUGACACCAAACCGACGCCCAACAAGGACUCGGACGUAAGGCAGAGAAAGUGAGCAACAAGGAUGUAAUUAAUAAUUCAAAAUUAGGCGAAGUAAGAGCAGCGGUGGGGCACACUUAACAAUUAAAUAACGAAACUGGACCCACGAGAGCACUCGCCCUUGCAACUCUCAUACAUUAUUCAUGAUCUUUAAAAGGGAUGAAAAUAACAAUAAUUUACAAUGUCAGAAAAGUGGAAUAUUCUUAUGCCAGGAGGACCACUCGCCACCGUUGUCCUCUUCUUCGCCAUGCAGGAAUGAGAAUUAAACUGAUAUAAAUCUUUAUCGAAUGACGAGUGCACUGAUGUCAGGAUUGAUUUGCUGGAGACAGGUCAUUCGAAUCGAGCAAGGUUGUGCCUUGUCCGAGCGUCAACUACUCCUCUAUCAUGUGAAUUAUUUUUCUUUCGGCUUUUAUUUUACGAUGAUAAACACGAUAUUUACCGAAAGAGCAUUAACAUUAUUGGUUGAGUCCAUCUAUCUUUGUUGUCUUUUAGUGUCAUUUUUUUAAAAAGCCAAUUAAUAACGUAAUAUAUAUAACAAAUGUUAUGCGCACUGACGAUACUGAAAAUUGAAAUGAAAUCAAUUGUGCGCACGGUACCGUAGUAUUAUAAUUAUUGUUAUUGCCAUCAAAAUUCCAUUAAUGUGUGAAUUAUUCGACGACGCUUGGAAACAAACUGCCGUCGCUGUCGUUGAGAUUUAAAAUGGUUGGUGAUAAUUAAUCAACAGCCAUAUACACUUUAUAGAUUUUAGAAAUAAUCUUUAUCCGUUAGCGGAGUCGAAAAUCAUGAAUUGUAUAAUUUUUUUUCUUUCUCUAUCUCUCUCUCUCUCUUUUUUUUUUUCUUCUAUUGUUGCCAUUUGGGUCGGGGAUUAAAAUGUGCCUCCGAACGAACAAAGAAAAAAAAACUAUUAUGUACCAUUUAAUCGCAUUGAGAUAACUUUAAUUGAGCCAGUGUGUGUCGCUGAAAAUCAUACAGUGUGUGUGUGAGACAUAUGAGAAACUGAAACACUGAAAAUUGGACAGGGUCACGACAAUGGCCUUGCCUGUAGUAUCUCGUUAGGCCGACCCAAUUCCUAAGAAAUGUAGCAAAAACGAAAGAAAAAACCCUCGAGUGUCACGUACAUACUAUUGUUGUGUAUCUAAAACUUCAGUGACAAUUCUUUUUUAAAAGCAAAAAGAAUACAUAAACAAGGAACAAUGGAUACACUGAUAGAAAAGGUGGAACGAUUCAGUUGCACCAAACGAGGCUUCUUGACUGUUACCGCCAUUCGUUAAUAGUUAACGAAUCGUGGUAAUUGUUAAAAAGUCCCGUUUGGUUCGACUAAGCCGUUCUAUCAGUGUAUAGUUGUAGAGUUGACAGCAUCAGGUUCACAAUAUUCAUCACGAUAAGGAAAAAAAAUAGAAAUAUCAAAGUUAAGAGCAUCCGAAUAAAGUUUCUGCCAUUUUGUCUUGUAUAGCCUAUGUGAUAAAACACAAAUAGCAUGGGGAGCGCUAGCGCACACAGGCAAAUUACUACACGCAGUCUUCUAUAAAUAAGAAAAUUAAACAACAACAACAUGUUACAGCAUUAAAAUUAGAGUUAAGAGAGUGUUUUAACGUUAACGAUUUAUUGAUGAAUAGUGGAAGAGUCCAGGAGCCCAUAUGCCUUUAAGUUAAGUACUUAAAUAAAAAAAGGAAGCAAAACGAAAUAAAUGAUAUUGACUCGUA